AUGACCAGAAAUCCUUUUAUGGUGGAUUCCUCCACUGGGUCUCCUAUUAGAUCUCCUGUAAGAAACGGCCUAACUAGAUUUGACACAAAUAGUAGUAAUAGUACAUUUGGGAACACUAACUCUCGUACUAAUAUCGAUGAUGAUAUAAACUAUUCAGAUAAUAAUGAUUCAAAUAUCUUUCAAGGAUUACCACAGUCUCCUUCGAAAGCUGCUCUAAGAUAUUCUCCUGAUCGUCGUCAUAGAACUCAAUUUUAUAGAGACAGUAAUCCUAGCUCCCCUAUAAAUCCAAAUAGAUACAUGACAAAUUUAAAUGAAUCCCCAAGAAGAGUUAAUGAUGUUAUUAUAGAUUUCUCUGCAGAAUCUAAUAAAUCUCCUAUGAUAAGGCAAUAUACUGAUGAUUUACAAAAAUCUCCAAUUAGAUCACCACAAAAGUCUGUUGUGGUUGAUACAUUGCCUCCAGUUGGGGUGAUGUGUCAUAAUGAAGAAGAAGAAGAAGAUAAUGAUGAUGGUAAUAAUGAUCAUAUAAUGGGAUCUUAUUAUCCUAAACUACCAACUAUUCCUAAACCAAAUUCAAAUAAUCUAUUUGGAACAAGAAAUUAUUCACAAAGUUCAAAAUUGACUGCAUCAACAGACUCAACUGUUGCAAGGUCAUCUUUUGAGUUUGGGGAUGAGAAAUUUCGCAAAUCUUUUGAUGACACUGAUAUGGAAUCUACAUUUUCAGAUGAAACAUUCAAAGAGACAAGAUUCGAAUUAAACCAUCCAGUUCGUAAAGACUAUGUCAGACGGGCCAACUCAGAAAGCAAAAGAAGACCGCAAGCUAGUGAUUCUGAUUUGAAAAAGGCCAUUCUUAAAUUAGAUAAUCCAAUACCUAGAGGAUUAUUGAGUACUUUGCCAAGAAGAGAUUCUCCUGAGUUUACAGAAAUGAGAUAUACAGCAUGUACUGUGGAUCCUGAUGAAUAUUUAGAAGCUGGUUAUAGUUUAAGAUUUGCUGAAAUGAAUAGAGAAUGUCAAAUUGUGGUGUGUAUUACAAUGUAUAAUGAGGAUAAAUUUAGUAUCGCUAGAACCAUUCAUUCUAUUAUGAGAAAUGUGGCUCAUUUAUGUAAUCGUAGAAAAUCUCAUAUAUGGGGUGUCAAUGGCUGGAAGAAAGUAUCUGUGAUCUUAGUCAGUGACGGUAGGACUAAAGUCAAUCAAGGUUCUUUAGAUUAUUUAGCUGCUAUUGGUGUGUAUCAAGAAGAUAUGGCAAAAGCAUCUGUUAAUGGUGAUCCGGUUAAGGCUCACAUCUUUGAGUUAACCACUCAAGUGUCAAUUAACGAAAAAUUAGAUUAUGUUUCAGAGAACAUUGUUCCAGUUCAAUUUGUAUUUUGUUUGAAAGAAGAAAAUAAAAAGAAAAUUAAUUCACAUCGUUGGCUAUUCAAUGCCUUCUGUCCUGUUUUACAACCAAAUGUUGUAAUACUUGUCGAUGUUGGUACUAGAUUGAAUGACACUGCUAUUUAUCAUCUAUGGAAAGCCUUUGACAAUGAUUCGAAUGUGGCUGGUGCUGCAGGACAGAUUGUGGCUAUGAAAGGGAAAUAUGGUAGAAAAUUGUUAAACCCAUUAAUAGCAUCCCAAAACUUCGAAUAUAAAAUGUCAAAUAUAUUAGAUAAACCAAUAGAAAGUUUAUUUGGUUACAUCACAGUGCUUCCAGGUGCAUUAUCUGCAUACAGAUACCGUGCUUUACAGAAUCAUGAAGAUGGUACUGGUCCACUUAAUUCAUAUUUCCUAGGUGAAACACAAGAAGGUAGAAGCCAUGAUGUGUUUACUGCUAACAUGUAUCUUGCGGAAGAUAGAAUCCUAUGUUGGGAAUUAGUUGCCAAAAGAAAUGCAAAGUGGGUUUUGAAAUAUGUGAAAGAAGCAACUGGUGAUACAGAUGUUCCUGAAGAUAUUCCAGAAUUCAUUUCUCAAAGAAGACGUUGGUUGAAUGGUGCUAUGUUUGCUGCACUUUAUGCACAAUUACAUUUUGCUCAGAUUUGGAAGACUAAACACUCUUUAACAAGAAUGUUUUUCUUUCAUAUUGAAUUUUUUUAUCAAUUCAUACAGAUGUUAUUUUCCUGGUUUUCAAUUGCCAAUUUUGUCUUAACAUUUUAUUAUUUAGCUGGUUCAAUGAAUAAUAUUAUAAAACAUGGUAAACCUUUGUUCAUUUUCCUAAAAUAUUUAAUAUUCUGUGAUUUGGCUAGUUUAUUCAUCAUAUCUAUGGGUAAUCGUCCACAGGGUGGUAAACACCUUUACAUUACCUCAAUGAUUAUUUUGACAUUCUGUGCUCUAUAUUCUCUAAUAUGUGGUUUUGUCUUUGCAGCUAGAUCUUUGAAAUCUCAAUAUGAGACUCAUGAUACUUUUGUUAACAUCAUUGUGUCUAUUCUUUCAACAUAUGGAUUAUACGUUUUUUCUUCAUUUAUGUAUUUAGAUCCAUGGCACAUAUUUACUUCUUCAGUUCAAUAUUUUGCUACUUUACCUGCUAUUACUUGUACCUUACAAAUCUAUGCUUUUUGUAAUACACAUGAUGUCUCAUGGGGUACUAAAGGUUCUACACAAGAAUCUAAACAACUAUCUUCUGCAAUUGUGGUGCAAGGUCCUGAUGGCAAACAAAUCGUUCAAACUGAUUGGCCUCAAGAAAUUGAUAAAAAAUACAUGGAGAUAAAGAGUCGUCUAAAGGAAGUUGAAUUUAAAGAAAAAGUUGUUGACGAAGCCCAAAAACACAAUGAUUAUUACCGGGAUGUUAGAACAAGAAUUGUUAUGGUAUGGAUGCUAUCGAAUUUAAUAUUGAUUAUGUCUAUAAUUCAAAUUUACGAACCAGAGGACGCUAAUAAUAACUAUUUAAAAUUUGUUUUGUGGUCUGUAGCAGGUCUUGCCUUAUUCAGAGUUAUUGGUUCCAUGGGUUUCUUAUUUGUUAAAUAUUUAAGAGUAGUCGUAAGUUAUAUUCACAAGUCAGAAGGUAAUGGUUCAUGGGGCAUUUCGUUUUCCAACCCAUUCUCAAAGAAUAACUGA